AUGGCACAAAUACGCGCGGCUUUUGACUGGGCUCGAGAAACCAAGAUCGGCGAAAAUCCUGCGGGUUCAACCUCUGAAUCGCCUCAACUAUCUCAGGUCGCCUCCUCCGAAGAGACUGCGUGGGCAGACGUACAGCAAGAACCUUGCCUCAAGCUACUUCCAGCAUCAGAGGAUCCUGUCCCGGCGGAUGCUACCGCCUCGACCAAUGGUGAAACGGCUCAGCUGAACCUUGACCAAAGUCAUGCUACUACCAUUACCAACAUCCUGGGGCAGUCUGACCUGGCCCAGCCUACAGUGGAAGUCAUGGCCACAUGUCAGAGUGGUAUUCGGGCCACCGUCAGGAAAGCUCUUCAGUCUGGGGCUCUCUGCAUACCACCAUUCAAGCCAGACGGCGACACCAACCUGUCAGCAAACAACCGAAUCACUUACCAAUUUCCCCCGGCCUUACUAGACCCUGACUCCAUCUCGAAGCAUCGAAAACGAUUCGAUCGUUCAGCACUACUCCCCGAUAGUGACUUACCUUUGAGUUCGCAAAUCAUGGGCUGUAGUCAGAGUUGGGCAAUGUGGAUCGCCGAAAUUCCAGACGAAGAGGAUGUGAAACGCGAGAAGUUACUAGACCGAGUAUUCGACAUGGCCACUAAAGCCUGGUUCGAAGCCUUACGACUCGGCUACAAGCCUGAUGUAGGUGGUGCAGAAACAGCGGCACCGCGUACGCCUACCAAACAACCCGUCGUCCAGGGAGAAGACAUUCCCUCAGGGCUGCGCGGGAGGCCGCGCCCGAAGAAGGAGACCGAUCCCCUGCAAAUACCUGUCUUGACCGCCUUCAGCCACAAGAACGGACCUCGUUGGCUGAUCACAGCAGGUGAACUUGAAGCUGCUGGCAUAUCCAUGACGCGACUUCAAAGACGCGCAGCCGCCAAGAGUGACCUAGCAGAAGCCGGCGACGAGCUCCUAGCGAGAGUACUCGAGGUUUACAAUGGUCAACUUACCGCAAGAGACUGGUUUGAUGUGGCAGAGAGGACGAAUCUGAAUCCUUUGGGGCGGGACCUUCAGAUGUAUUGCCUCUACGAGGUGAUGAAGUCACGGGAAAGUAUCGCACAACUGAGGAGCUAUUUCCCAAACUUCAAGACGGCAAAGCAAAAGGAGAACACACAAAAACGUAUCGACGAGGAGCAAGAACGCCAGGAUUUAUUCGCAGCUCUUGCAUUGGAGCUUGAAGAAGACGACCCGCGAUCACCUACCCCUUCUGUCUCUUCCUCUACCAGCACUCGAGAAGGCUCAGUCAGCAGCGCUCACAUGACGAAGACGCCUGAGACAUCCGAUCUCGUUCAAUUUCACUCACUCGUCGAUGCCGUAGAGAGCACUGUUGGCAAGGACGAUACAGCGGCAAGCUAUGUCGACAAUGAAAUCGUGCCGGCCGCGAAUGAGGAGGAGAUGACUGAAGUUCCCGAAUCUGCGCCGAUUGAGUCCAAUAAACGUUUUCUGGAUUCCGAAGAAGACGAUGCACUUGUUCCGUCAACACCAGCUACAAAGAAGCAAAAGAGGGAGGAUGAAGAAAGGGCCUGGCCAAUCGAGGUACCCGCACCACUUGUCCAGCUCGGAGUCGAUAACCGUAACGAUGGCCCUCCCACAUCGACUGCCGUCACAGCGCCGACCGUCGAAUCUCCCACAUUCAACAACGUACAGCAACCCAGUCUUUUUGUCAAGCUUCGUACUCGACCAGGUUUUGAUCCAGAGAAGCUCACAAGCACGAAAGUCUUCUAUCAAGACGGCUUCAGGUAUCGCUAUACAGCUGGGUCGACCCUAGCGCAGCGCUUCUCCAUAGGCGAUACUUUGCACGACUAUAUCGGAAGGUCCACUCAUCAGCACAUGGGAGCCAACGACGAGCGGAGAUUUGGCACAUAUCAAGGCCUUACCCAUGGUGACGACCCAUCUCGCACAACGAUUGUCCACGGGGUCUGGGACUUGAGGGAUGGAAGUCAGCCAGCAGGGUUUGAACGAUUCUACAAUGGGAGUGCAGAGUACACAGCCGUCGGCACCGACAAAGGCAGAGCUGAUGGUCGUGGUAGGAGCAAGACGAAAGCCAAUUCAGACAUCACCCACCACGGCGUCGUCACUAGGGCGAAAUCCGCAAAACCGCGCGUGCGUCUGUUGAUGAAGCCGAUACCAGCUCCGCAAGGCAACUUCGUCGAUGACAGCAUUUCGACGAAUCGACCCAAGCGGCGGAGCGCUACGAGGAAAAGCUACGCAGAGGACUUGGACGAUAAUGACGACCCUGAUUAUGAUCCCAACAACUGA